AUGUUCUUGGCCUUCCCACCCCACCCCACCCCACCCCCAGUCUCCAGGUUUAUGGGGCCGUCGGCGGGUGUGAAUGUGGCCGGCAUGGGGUCGCUGACGGGCAUCGCGGACGCCGCCAAAUCGUUGGCCCCGCUGCACGCGGCAGCACCGCGCAGGAAGCGCCGGGUGCUUUUCUCGCAAGCGCAGGUCUACGAGCUGGAGCGGCGCUUCAAGCAGCAGAAGUACCUGUCGGCGCCCGAGCGCGAGCACCUGGCCAGCAUGAUCCACCUGACGCCCACCCAGGUCAAGAUCUGGUUCCAGAACCACCGCUACAAGAUGAAGAGGCAGGCCAAGGACAAGGCGGCGCAGCAGCUGCAGCAGGAGGGCGGCCUGGGUCCGCCGCCACCGCCACCUCCCUCGCCGCGCCGCGUGGCCGUGCCCGUGUUGGUGAAGGACGGCAAACCGUGCCAAAAUGGUGCUGGCACGCCCACUCCCGGCCAGGCCGGCCAGCAACCGCAGGCCCCGACACCAGCGCCCGAGCUAGAGGAGCUGUCGCCCAGCCCGCCCGCGCUGCACGGGCCCGGGGGCGGCUUGGCGGCCCUGGACGCGGCGGCGGGAGACUAUGGUGGAGGUGUGCUGGGCACCAACCUGCUGUAUGGCAGGACGUGGUGA